AAAAACAAGAAAUAACGAGAAAAAAAUACGAAUAAGAAAAGAACUCGGCUGAAAGGCGGCGCAAAUCGUUCAAUAAAAACAAUCUCGCGUUCAAAACAAACGUACAAUACAACAAUACAAUAGGAGAAACCCGCCAAGACAAGUUGCUUGGACUAGCCUGGACCAAUGUGGCGUAUGCGCAACGCUUUUGCUCAGCGCUUCGCGAAAUAUUAAAGCAUACUUUUGAGGGCUCUAAUUUAUUUCCGUGCGCAUAUUUCAGAGUCCUUAUUGUCUCGUACUCUCCGUCACCAAGGCUGAAAACUCAACUUCGACGGUGCAAACAAACAAAAAAAAAACAAAACUAAUCAAUCUCAGACAAAAAUGUCAAACUGAAAUGCAGCGAGAUUAAAUAUUGAAAUCAAACGCAAAGCCAUGAUUUGCAUGUGUUAGACAUAUUUACAAAUGUGCAUAUAUAUGUGAAAGUGGAUUAAAGCAUCGACAACGUAUAUUCAAUUCAAUAGCAACAGCAGGAACAACAAUAAAACAGGCUGCAAAAAUGUAUGGCUUUGUGAACUACGCCUUGGAGUUGCUGGUGCUCAAACAUUUUGGCGAGGAAAUAUGGGAGAAAAUAAAAAAAAAAGCCAUGGUCAGCAUGGAAGGACAAUUUCUGGUGCGGCAAAUUUACGAUGACGAAAUAACAUACAAUCUAAUUGGAGCAGCUGUUGAGAUACUCAACAUACCGGCUGACGACAUACUGGAACUGUUUGGCAAGACAUUCUUUGAGUUCUGUCAGGAUUCGGGCUAUGAUAAAAUAUUACAAGUGUUGGGUGCAACGCCCCGUGACUUUCUGCAGAAUUUGGACGCCUUACACGACCAUCUGGGCACCCUGUAUCCUGGAAUGCGAGCACCCUCAUUUCGCUGCACCGAGAAAGAUGGCGAAUUGCUGCUGCAUUACUACUCGGAACGUCCUGGCCUGGAGCACAUUGUCAUCGGCAUAGUCAAGGCCGUUGCAUCGAAACUGCAUGGAGUCGAGGUGGAAAUCGACAUUGUGAAGCGCAAAGGAGAGCCCAUCGAUGAGGCUGAGAAGGAGCGUGCUUUGGCACGCGAGCAACAGCAAUUGGACACAGACACGACAGUUGUGGGUUUGGAUGCUCCAGUUUUACCUUGUGCAUCCUCAUCCUCUGCGUCUGUCUCCGUCUCAGCCUCUGCAUCCGCAUCCGCCUCGGCCUCUGUAAAUUCUGAGCAGAACAAUAAUCACAAUGCGAGCAACAACAAUGGCAUCGGCAACAGCAAUAUUAACAACAACAACAACGAUGGUCAGCAGAUUGCCAGUGAGCUGGCUGAGCAAUCGCCUGCAACAUCGAAGGCCACACAACCAAGUGGACCGCUGGCACAGGACAGCUUUGACUGCGAUGGCGACAAGGAGCAGAAGUGCCUGCGUCUGUUGAAAAACAAAAGCGAUGACAUCGAGCGCUAUGACCAUGUGCAGUUUCUCAUACGUGAAAUCAAUGUGGCCGCCAAAUCCCAAGCGGAUGCUAAAAAGGAUGAACAAGCGGCGGCCAGCGAUGACAUGGAGUUUCUCUGCGAAGCGCCUCUCAUUUCGCCUGCCACAUUCUGUAAGGUGUUUCCCUUCCAUUUAAUGUUCGAUAGACAAAUGAAAGUCGUGCAGGCUGGCAAGGCCGUAUCCCGCGUAAUACCCAGAGUGGCCGAGGAGAACUGCUCACUGAUAGAGGUGGUGGAGGCCAUCAGACCACACCUGCAGCUCACAUUCGAGAACAUUCUGUCGCACAUAAACACCAUCUAUGUUCUGCAGACGAGACAGGGCGCCAUGAGCAGCCGGCACGAGCAACGUUUUCUGAGACUGAAGGGCCAAAUGAUGUAUAUACCAGAAACCGAUCGCAUACUCUUUCAAUGCUAUCCCAGUGUCAUGAAUUUGGAUGAUCUAACCAAAAAGGGACUUUACAUCUCCGAUGUGCCGCUGCACGAUGCGGCCAGAGAUUUGGUGCUGCUGUCUGAGAAAUUCGAGGCAGAAUACAAGUUGACCAAGAAUCUGGAAAUGCUGACGGAUAAGCUGCAGCAAACGUUUCGCGAUCUGGAGAGUGAGAAGCAGAAAACAGACAGGUUGCUUUACUCAGUGCUGCCCAAGUCUGUGGCAAAUGAAUUACGACAUCAGCGUCCAGUUCCACCCAAACGCUACGACUCCGUAACGCUUAUGUUCUCGGGCAUUGUUGGGUUUGGGCAAUAUUGUGCGGCCAACACGGACCCCGAGGGCGCCAUGAAAAUUGUUAAAAUGCUUAACGAGCUCUACACGGUCUUCGACGCCCUCACCGACUCCAAGCGUAACCUGAACGUUUACAAGGUGGAAACUGUUGGCGAUAAGUAUAUGGCUGUGUCCGGGCUGCCCGACCACUGUGAGGACCAUGCCAGAUGCAUGGCGAGAGUGGCGUUAGACAUGAUGGAUAUGGCCAAGAACGUCAAAAUGGGCUCCAAUCCCGUGCAAAUCACCAUCGGCAUCCACUCGGGCGAGGUGGUCACCGGCGUCAUUGGCAAUCGAGUGCCACGCUAUUGCCUCUUUGGCAACACUGUGAAUCUAACGAGUCGCACUGAGACCACCGGUGUGCCCGGUCGCAUCAACAUCAGCGAGGAGACCUAUCGCCUGCUGUGCCAAGAGAUCAACCAGGACGAUUCAUUUCAUUUGGAGUACCGCGGCCCAGUCAUUAUGAAAGGCAAGCCAACGCCCAUGGACUGCUGGUUCCUGACACGUGCCACCAGUGUUGCAACUGCCAGUGGCAAUGGUAGCCUCGACUCGCCGCUGUUGCAGCCUACAACGCCAACAACAACACCGCGCCUGGUCAUGGGACAUGCCAGCGUCUCACGUACCUCCUCUGCAAGCGGUGGCGCCGGCGGAGCAAGUGGAAGUGGCGGAGCAACUGCAGCCGCCACAAAGGGUCCAACAGCUCCCUUGGAUGCAUAAGAAGAACCGCGUGAGGAUUCAACUGGCUGCUGAGUGGAAAUAUACUGUAAUGGUUUGCCGCUCCUCGACUCCUUCAGCAGCCAUGUGACUGUCUAUUUAUCUGUGUGUGUGUGUGUGUGUGUGUGUGUGUGUGUGUGUGUGUGUGUGUGUGUGUGUGUGUGUGUGUGUGUGUGUGUGUGUGUAUGUCCUGACUGUCUGUUUGUCUGUGUGUAAGUUGGCCACUUAACCACUUCAUUGCUAUGACUUUGUAUUUGUCCUAUCUUGGCCUGCAUUUGUGCACUGUGUGUGUGUGUGCAUCUGUGUGUGAUUGUUGCUGCUGCUGCUGCACAUUGAGGUUGGAGGUUGGAGGUCGGUGCAUGGAAGUUGGCAUCAGCAUCGUUGGAUCUUUG